AUGACCCGACCCGACCCAGUUUUAGGUUCUGCCGGUGCCGAAACGUCGGAAAGUCGGCGGGCUGACGGCGAGAAAGGUGGUGGACGCGACACGCGAGGGCUUGCACAGCAUUGCCGGAAUAUUGAAAAUGAAGGAACAAAGGCUUCUCUAGCAUUUUCCCUGUUUUCCUUUCUUCUUUCUUCUGUUUUGCUUGAUCCUUGUUUUGUAGGAGUUUUCACAUGGUAUCAGACCACUCGGAAUAGCUUCCUUUCUCUAAUGGCGGACUCAUCUUCAUCAUCGUCUUCUGCAACUCUUCACACUGUUGCUGUCGACAGUGACCCUGCCAUUCCGCCCAAGCUGAAGUUCUUCAUGUCUACCAUCAAGACCUUAGUUAAUACUCAGCUAUCCACUGAAAACUACCCAGUUUGGAAAGCCCAAGUCUACAAACUUUUCUCGGCUAAUGGUUUUGAAGAUUUUCUCACUGGCGCAGCUUCAAAACCGUCCAAACAAGUAAAAAAUCUGGAUGGUAGCUUAUCUCCCAAUCCUCUUUUUCAUACCUGGUUUUUAAUUGAUCAAAACCUUGCUGCUGCCAUCUUCUCUACAAUCGGAUCAUCUCUUCUACCGUAUGUGCUUAACCUAGAUAGCUGCCAUGAGAUCUGGGUUACCAUUGAGCGUCGACUUCAGUCAUCCAAUAGAUCUCGUUUAUUACAGCUGAAAAACGAAAUGCAUCAUGUUCAAAUGAAUGAUCAAACUAUGGUCCAAUACUUGUCUGUUAUCAAACAGAAAAUCGAUGCAAUUACCGCUGCCGGUUCGUCUGUACCCACUGAAGAUAUAAUACUGUACACGCUCAAUGGUUUACCGCCGACCUAUCAAGGCUUUAAAACUGCUCUUCGUACUCAGCUGCAACCGAUAAAUCUAGAUGAUUUUUAUUCACUCCUAUGCAGUGAGGAGCUUAACAUCGCAGCUGAGACAGCCAGGGCCACGGUUUACACAUCAUCAUCCACAGAUCAGGCAUUUUCCUUAGCCACAACUAGAGGUCGGUUUCGUGGUCGCGGAUCCUAUCAAUCCUCAAAUCGUGGUCGCUCUACUGGACCUGGACGAGGUCGUGGUCGUACUGAUUCCAGUUCUGGACGAGUUCCUAAUACCUCUAAUCGUGGUGGCCGACCACCUUGCUCCUAUGUAGAAUGCCAGAUUUGUGCAAAACCUGGACAUCAGCUGUGA